AUGAGCUGUGAUAGCGUCGAGGCGUUUAAUAGUGUAGAGCGGACGCUAGAGGCAGUGGAAGAGCACCUCGCUAUAUUGAAGCGCAGUAAUGUCGAAGAUCUGAUGGUGCCAUUAAAUUCGCUGGAACGAGCAAAAAUGCAAGUUCUGCUAGCAUACACCAUCAAUGCGCUUCUUUUUAUCUAUUUGAAAACACAGGGUGUUUCGGCCAAAGAUAUUCGUCAGUCCCACGUGAAGAAAGAACUUGAGCGGGUAAAAGCUUUCAUCAAGAAAUUAAAGGACGCGGAGGAUAAAGCCAAGGGGCCUAGACUCGUGCUCGAUAAAGACGCAACACAGCGCUUCAUCCAUAGUGCUCUAAGCGCGGAUCAAGCCGGAAGCUCAAGAAAUCCACUGCUAAAAAGAGUAAACGGCAACGGAAGAAUUAGGUUGUUCCCGCGAGUUACCAGCACACUUUCGUCCUGCUUGAGCGACUGUACCCUACGGCAUAUGCCUCGCCAGAUAUUGUGUCGCAACCUAGUGGAUAUUGAUAAAUUUUUGGUAUUGAUAUACGCCAAACAGCCAAUCAUUUUGCAAAAAGUGAACUUGCCACAAGGACGAGGGGUGCAUGCUGCGAGACGCAAAAUUCCGGCAACCUUGGACCAGAAUUGCAGCGUGAUCAAGAUAAAAGAGUGGGCGCCCGGCUUUUCCGAACCCCGCUGA